GUGUCUGAAGUUUCAUGAUGAAUAUUGGUUUCACAUUUUAUUGCUUACGUGAGGAAAUAUCAAUUUGGAACUCGAAUUUGUAUUUGAGUUAUGAUGAGGAGUGAGGUAGAUUCGCAUUAUUGAAGAAAGCGAAGAAAAAGGAUGCUGCUAUGGCUUGCUUGUGGCUCUUUCUUCUAUUGGCUAGUCUUAGGCAUGAUAGUUUCAAUUUCUUUUGGAAAGCAAGUGCGGCUCAGUCAUAAGUGUUAGUAAUAGCAUGAAGUAAGUUGUCGGUAGCCGGCAUUAGGUAAAAGGAAAAGUUUCUCAAAAGCAUCCAGAAAUAUCAUAGAAUGGUGAUCGAGAUCACCUUCACGGGAAUCAUCCUUUGCAAAUUGGGGGAAGGGAACCAAUCAAGUCACCAAGAAGUUCCCGAAACUUGGUUUAGUAUUAAGGUUCUUCUCUUCCAGCAUUUAGUAUUCAAGUUCUUCUCUUCCAGCCCCCCGGCCCCUCUUUGAUAAGGAAAGUUUUAAUUUCUCAAAUAAAAAAUGACAAAUAUGGUUCGAUGGCUCUUCUCCACUAGCAGGUUUACUGCUUUCUAUUUGCACUUUUGUAUUAAGUUUCCUUAUAUAUACGAUUUUUUAUUAUUUUCUAUUUGUCUAUUUUUAUUUAUAGUACGUUUUAUUUCGAUUAUUCUUCUCCCAAUCUGCAAUCUUUUCGGAGCCUCCUUCAUUAUUACUCUUCCUCCAGAGAUUCAGGAUCCCCAAGCUCUAGCUCAUUUAGCAGGGCUAAACUUCUAUCUGAGCCUUUACGAGCAGGAUCCUGGAUGGGUUACGUUCAUUCAGAACGAGCUUAAUCACAAUACCCCUCUGGAGGACAUACCUGGACGGCUUAAGCUCUUCCCAAUGGAAGAAAAGUUGUCUAGUAUGCGACAAGAUGUCAUUCAGGAAUUUGUGGCGCUUUAUCAAAGAAUAGGGCCUUAUCUACUGAUCGAGCCCUACUUGGUCGAUGAAGCGCUUCGUUCCUAUCUGGACCAUAUUCACGCAACUGAUUCUUUCACUAUUCUCCAAGCGUCUUAUCAAGAUCUGCGGGAGAAUGAGGGAGGAUCUGUUUUCUUUAGAGAUGCUGUUUCCCACAACCGGGAUCUCCUUGAGGCGGAAAGCUCCGCAAGGAGGUGCCUGGAAGUGGAACAGAGGAUCCGAUGGGAAGAAAUCCCCAAGAGCAAGGCAAGUCUCGAAAGAGCUGAGCAUGAGCAUGCUCUCGACUUGUUUAAGUCGGAGGAUCUUAGAAGGGAAUUAGAAAAGAAAAGAGCGGGGUAG